AAUUAACAGAAAGACUAACGUAAUACAUUUUUUAAAGUUUAGGGAUCAAGAAAGUGCAAAAAAUUAUUAAGGGACAAAAAAUGUGCAACUUACUAAAAUUGAGGGACCAAAUUUAGCAUUUAACAAUUUAUUUAAUUGGAUGAAUAUAUCUGCCUCCAAACAAGGAGGCGAAAAGCAAAAAAUUAGUAUUUCAAUUAACUUAUUCAUUUAUAUAAUAUAUAUCAAUAUAUAUAGUUGUUUGUUUCUCAUUUCCUAUGGACCAUUUUUAAUGGCGGCGGAAAUAGUAGGAGCAAUCCUCGGUGCAUUGAGUUGCUUUGGUGGCACAACCUACACCUAUAUAGUGCGAUAUAGAAAUUUUAAAGAUGAUGUGGAUGAGUUGAAAAACAAAUUGGAAUGUCUAACUAACCUGCAAGACAGAUUGCAACGUCAAACUGGCGAGAAUGAGGAGAUAAAUUCCAAAAUACAAGAAAUGGAGCCUCGCAAACGGCUUCAAGAAGAAUAUUUAGAAAAGGUGCGGGGAGUCAAGUGGUACAAGCGUGCCUAUCUUUGUCUUGACCCACGUAUUCAUAGAAAAAUUACAAUGGCGAAGGAAUUGCUUGAACAAGAUCGGCAAUCGCUUGAAAGGCUUGAAAGAUUUUCUCCAAAUAAUUUAGCUCCAGCUGAGAUAGCUCCAGCUGAGACAGCUCCAGCUCCACCAGAGAAUUUAGCGGAGGAGGAAACUUUUACUGAAAAUGAAAUAUGGGGGUACUUGAUGGGUGAUGAGGUUGGAAAGAUCGGAGUUUGUGGGACUGGAGUUGGACAAACUACGAUCAUGAACAAUCUUCACAAUCAAUUACAAGGGAAUGCUAGAUUUGAAAAAGUGAUCUGGGUUACUGUGUCACAUCAUAAUGUUUUUGAAUUACAAGAGAAGAUUGCUGGUGUUAUGGACAAAACACUUCCAGAAAAUGAACCGGUGAUAAUGCGAGCAGAAGCACUUAUGGAAAUAAUGAGAGGAGUGAAAUUUGUGCUAAUAUUAGAUGACGUACGGGAACAGUUCACUCUUACGGAAGUUGGAAUUCCGGAGCCGAAUAGGCAGAAUGGGUGCAAAGUAGUUGUCACUAGUAGAUCAAUUGACUUAUGCAAUUAUUUGCAUUGUAAGAUUGUUGAAGUGCAACCUUGUUUACAAGGGGAGUCUCGAAACUUUCAUUGGUCCUUUGCGGUGGAUUGUUUACCAGGGGAGCCUCUACGUUGGUCCUCUAAGGUGGAUUGUGUGUUUCCGAAGUGGGAAUUAUGUGUUUUAUUGAUCGUUCUUACAUUGUUAUUGAGACCCUACUUAAUUUUAUCUCUAAUUUGGAGAAUCUAUCAGCUUUGCAGUUAUUUCAUUGUAAGAAGUUAAAUACUUGUUUUCCUUAGCGAACCUUAAGGGAUCAAGGAAGUUGGACCUACACACUACAGGAAUUGAGGUGUUCCCUCAAUGCAUGGGGAUGUUGAUAAGUUUUAAAUAUCUUGAUUUGAUAUUUUGUCUAAAUCUGAGAGAGAUUCAAACAGGAAUAUUACCUAACCUUUCUAAUCUGGAGUACUUGGUAGUAUGUUGUUUGCGAAAAACUACAAUAAUGAGAAAUUUUGAAG